CCGGUAACUCUCCAACUUCGGCUUCAAACAUGUCGGCGUCCAUCUGUCAGGCAUGCCAUGUCGCUUGUUGUGCAAACAGCACUCCAAAUGUUGUGUCUUGGGGUCGUGGGGGGCUCGUUGCUUUCGGGACGUGCAAUUCCGUCGCUCUUUACGACCCAAAGGAGAGAAGAGUCUUGUGCUUGCUGAACGGACACACAGGCAGAGUGAAUGCUGUCCACUGGGUUCACAACAACAAACAAAGUGAUCUGGAGUGUCACCUCGUGUCAGGAGGCUCUGAUAACCUGCUCAUUGUGUGGGAGGCUCACGAUGAAAAGUUCAUCAAGCUGAUGGAGCUGAAGGGUCACACUGAGGCUGUGUGUGCUGUUGAUGCCAUCUACAUGGAUUCAGAAAUCCUUGUUGCCUCCUCUGCAUCAGACUCCUCUGUUAAAUUGUGGCUCUGCAGUGACUUGAAAGAAGCUAAGUGCCUCCAUAAUGUGUCGUUUGGCAGCGGUUUUGUGAUGGACGUCUCUUUGGCUGUGUUACCAGGCACUACAGUUCCCAUAUUGGCCUGUGGAGGCGAUGACUCCCAGGUGCAUCUGUACGUAGUGACCAGCGAACAGCUCCAGAAGGCCAUGACCCUGAAAGGACAUGAAGACUGGGUUCGGGGAGUAGAAUGGGUGUCAACACGUGGGGGGCUGUUAUUAGCCAGCUGUUCACAGGACUCUCUCAUCAGAGUGUGGAGGCUGACUGCCAAGUCCAGCACAGACACCCCCACAGAGGACGAUCACACCAUCAUCAGAAUGAAAGAAGACGUUUUUGAAGUGAACGAUCAAGGGACGUCUUCAGUGUUUUCUGUGUCCCUUGAAACCGUCCUUGCAGGACAUGAGAACUGGGUGUGUGGAGUCCACUGGCAGCCUCCUGUCUACAAAGACGAUGAGCUGCAACAAUCAGCCAGGCUCCUCUCUGCCUCUAUGGACAAAACCAUGAUCAUCUGGGCUCCUGAAGAAGGAUCGGGCGUCUGGGUUGAGCAGGUGCGAGUAGGGGAGGUAGGCGGAAACACUCUGGGCUUCUACGGUUGCCAGAUGAGUCCUGAUGGAUCUACGAUUGUGGCUCAUGCUUUUCAUGGAGCGCUACAUCUCUGGUGUAAAGAUUCCAAUAAAGAGGUACAGGAGUGGAGACCAGGAGUGGUUAUAUCAGGUCACUUCAGAGCGGUUCAAGACCUGAGCUGGGAUCCUGAAGGCGAGUUCAUCCUGAGUGUGGGGUCAGACCAGACAACCAGACUGUUCGCUCCCUGGAAGAAACAAGACAACAAACAAGUGACCUGGCAUGAAAUCUCACGCCCGCAGAUCCACGGAUACGACAUGCAGUGUCUGGCCAUGGUGGGACGGUUUCAGUUUGUGUCGGGGGCUGAUGAGAAAGUCCUGAGAGUGUUUCAAGCACCUCGUAAUUUUGUGGAGAACUUUGCUAAUAUCACAGGGACCUCAAAAGAAAAGCUGCUGGUCUCCAGUGACUGUGUAAACCUCCCUGAAGGGGCGAGCACACCUGCCUUAGGUCUGUCCAACAAGGCUGUAUUCCAAGGUGACCUUGUCCCCAAAACCACCGAAGAAGAGCCGUUCAACAGCAUAUCUGACCAGUAUCAGGAGUCCUACUUCCACCCACUCAUCCUGACUGAGCCCCCACCAGAGGAUCACCUACUGCAGAACACUCUUUGGCCUGAGAUCCAAAAACUGUACGGCCACGGCUUUGAGAUAUUCUGCCUCGCGUCUGACAGCACCGGGACGGUGGUGGCAUCCGCAUGCAAGGCGUCUAAAGCUGAGCACGCUGCAGUCAUCCUAUGGAGUACGACCACAUGGCGCCAACUGCAGAUGCUGCCGUAUCACACUCUCACAGUUACGCAGAUGGCUUUCUCGCCAGACGCUCAGCUCCUGUUGGCAGUUUCCCGAGACCGCACCUGGUCGUUGUGGAGGCGGAGCCAAGAAAGUGCAGAGCCUCCCUUCUCCUUGUAUGCGCACACAGGGAAGGAGACAGCCGUGCACACUCGAAUCAUCUGGUCAUGUGACUGGAGCCCUGACAGCAAAUACUUUGUGACAUCAAGUCGGGACAAGAGGGUGAUAGUGUGGGGUCCCUGCAGGCUGGACGAUUCUGAAGACAUGGUGCCUCCCACAGACAUUAGCCCGUGUUCUUCCAUCUUGGAUGUGGGCAGUUCUGCCACCGCAGUAGCUUUCUGCCCUGAACUCUGCUCUGAUAACAGCUAUCUGCUUGCCGUUGGCCUGGACUCUGGACAGAUCCUGUUGUACAGGUGGAGCCCUCACCAAAAGGCAUCUGGAGGAGACGACUGGAUCAGCUGUGGAGGAACCGACACAUCGCAGAGCCACACGUUGGCGGUCAAACGGCUUCGCUGGAGGCCUAAGGCUGGUCAAGCAGGUACCGAGAUCGCCGACGAGGGCGACAGAGAAAGAGAACUCAAAGAGAGCUCCUGGGUCCAGUUGGCCAGUGCCAGUGACGACCACGCUGUCAAAAUCUUCAGCAUCAACAUGCUGGCUCUUUAACACCACAAACACGGACUCCAUUAUAUCUUUCUCGCGCAGACACUUGAACCUAAGGCCACAGGCCGGCACGCCACACAAAGGCCACAGUUGCUUGCCGUUAAGGUGUUCAGUCUGUGUGACAGUCAGACGAGUCAUGGGUCAGUCGCAGGACAAAGGCACAGCACACAAGCCCUGCAGUCGUUCAGCACAGAGCUGAGCUAAUCUGAAGGGUGGAAACACAGUGACCUUAAGGGGGUCUUUCGCUUGGACAUUUCAGUGUGUUUUAUAUUCAGUCUGGAACAGUGGUGCGUAUCUGCACAAACACGAUGUUUAAAAGGUAUUUGUAUUCAAAUCUUUAAACUAUAAAUGAUAAAAGUGAUCUGGUUCAGGAUGCAUUUUUUUUGUCUGUUGUUGACGCUUUUUUUGUUCCCUUUUUUACUGUCUGAUUUAACUAAAUGAAAUGUAACAACAAUAAAACAAUAAACUGCAAAUAAA